GAAAACGAAAAUGGAAAUUCCAAAGGAAAUAAAUAUUGGAAUUUUGAUUGCUGAUGAAUCAUCACCAUUGAAUAGUAAAGUAGAUGUAUACAACUUAGCAAGUUUGAAACAAUUAUUUUCAUUGCGAAAAUAUUUUAAGAUUCUCACUAUUAGACAACGAUGUAUUCCUAAUGUACCAAAUUCCAUAAAGAGUAGUUUAGAAGAUUGGUCUUUUCUCCGCAAUCUAGAGUUAAUUUUGCUCAUUGGAGGUGCAUCCUUGACUUAUUGGGCUUCAGAGGAAGUUAAAUCCAUUAUUCAAAAACAUACUGCAUUAUCUUCAUUAUGUUCCCUGAAUGUAUCUAAAUACUCCUCCAGUUGUGUUUCACCCAGAUGUUGCGUUUUGGGCAAAACAUUAAUCUUGAUGCUUCCAAGUAAUGUACUUGAUUGGGAGCCUACUCUUCAAAAGUUUGUGCAAGCAAUUUCAUCUGCAUUUGAGGAAAUUAAAAAUGAAGAUAGAAGUAUAUCUUUUUCAUUUGGUCCGCAUCAGGAUAAUUUCUGGAAUCAGAAUUUUAAAAGUGAAGUCAAGAUAUCAAAAGUUGCCGAGAGACCAAGAAAAUCACUGUAUGAAAUGAUUUCUGUUGAUAAAGCUGUUGAAAUAAUUCUUCACGAGUCUGUUCCUUUGCAUACAGUGCAUAAAAGUGUUACAGAUUGCUUUAGUUUUGUUAUUGCUGAAGAUGUAAUAGCAGAAGAACCUUAUCCACCAUUUCCUGCUUCAGUUAAAGAUGGCUAUGCUGUGUUAGCAUCUGAUAAUUCAAGGUUUCGAAAUGUUCUCGCUGGAGUUACAACAGGUAUCGAGCCAGAAUCAAUAGUAGUGUCUGGUUCUUGUAUUCGAGUGAGUACUGGCUCUAUGAUUCCUAAUGGUGCUGAUGCAGUUAUUCAGGUUGAGGAUACAGCUGUUGCUGAAAAGGAUGAUGAAGGUAAUGAAGUAAAAAUUGAAAUACUGAAGCAACCCACAAAGCAUCAAGAUAUUAGAGCUAUUGGAAGUGACAUAUCUGCUGGAGCCCUGUUAAUACCUUCAAAUACAAGGAUCAGUGCUGCUGAAAUUGGAGUAUUAUCUGUUUAUGGCAUUCAAUCUAUUUUAACGUACCAAAAACCAUGGAUUGCCUUAUUAUCAACAGGAGAUGAAGUUUUAGAGCCCAACAUGCCUUUGAGACCUGGUUGUAUAAGAGACAGUAAUAAAAGUAGUCUGAAAUAUGCUCUGGUUGAAAAUCGAAUUCCAGUUGUUGAUGUUGGUAUUGCCAGAGAUAACGCUGAAGAUGUUAAAUUUCACUUAAUGCUUGCAUUUGAAAGUGCUGAUGUAAUUAUUUCGACUGGAGGAGUGUCUAUGGGUGAAAAGGAUAUGCUGAAGCAAGUUUUAGAAUAUGAUUUCAAUGCAAAGAUUCAUUUUGGACGCAUUCAUAUGAAACCAGGGAAGCCUACCACAUUUUCAACAGUUAUCUAUAAAGGAAAAAAGAAAUUGGUUUUUAGUCUGCCUGGCAACCCUGUUUCUGCAUUUGUUUGUUUUUAUCUCUUUGUUUUUCCUUGUAUAAAGAAACUUAUGGGGUUUUCUUCUCCAAGACACUCGGUCUCUAAAGUAAAGCUAAAUCAUGACCACAAACUUGAUGAAAGACCUGAGUUUUGCAGAGCAGCAGUAAAUUAUGGACCAGAUGGAGUAUUUUCUGCUAAUAUGACUGGUGGCCAGCAAAGUAGUCGUCUCUCAAGUAUGCAAAAUGCAGAUGUUUUAUUGAUGCUACCCCCUAAAUCACCUGAACAACAAAUUUUAAAAUCAGGACUUCUCGUAGAUGCUAUACCUUUAAAGACCAUUUAAUAGUUUAUGUUCAGUAAUGUGUUUGAAUAUCAACUGUAUUGAUUUAUGAAUUUUUGAAUCAAAAUAUUGUUACAGAAUUUAAUUGUUAAUAUAUUUGAAAUUUUGUUGAAUUUUCUGAAAUAUAUUUUUGUAAAAUAAAAUUA